AUGCGUACCUACGACGACUCCUUCAGCGGCCAGAAGAUCUACCCUGGCAAGGGUAAGCUGUACAUCCGUGGCGACAGCAAGAUCUUCCGCUUCCAAAAUGGAAAGUCCGAGUCGCUCUUCCUUCAGCGCAAGAACCCUCGCCGGAUAGCUUGGACUGUCCUCUACCGUCGCCAGCACCGCAAGGGUAUCUCUGAGGAAGUUGCCAAGAAGCGUACCCGCCGUGUUGUGAAGCACCAGCGUGCUAUCGUUGGUGCCUCCCUUGAGCAGAUCAAGGAGCGCCGUGCCGUCCGCCCCGAGGCUCGUGAGGCCGCCCGCAAGCAGGCCAUCAAGGACGCCAAGGACAAGAAGUCCGUCAACGAGGCCAAGAAGAAGGCCGAGAAGGCCAAGAACGCCGCCAAGGGUGGUGCUAAGCCCAUCUCCAAGCAGGGUGCUAAGGGCUCCGCCCCCAAGGUCGCCGCCAAGUCCCGCUAA